AUGCAUUAUAUAAACCGAAGGUGCCCAAACUUUUAUUUUAUUUUUAAAGAUGAAAGGGGCUACUUUGGUAUAUUUUUUAUAUAUUUUUUAAAUUUUGUAGGAACGCUGUAAAAAUCUUGUGUAAAUUAGCAAAGACAAAACAUUGUGUUAUGAUGAGUUAUGACUAGUUAUGAUUAAUAACACGUCAAUUACACUUUAUUGACAUAAAAACCAUUAAUAACAUCAACUAUAAUAAUUGGACCAAAAAUGUUUGUAGCACAAUUGUUUUGGGAGAUUUUGACCUAGAUGGGUUAUGAAUUAUAACACAUUAUUAACUUAAAAAAAAACAUGUUAAUUGCUUAAAAACUAUAAUAAUUCGACCAAUUUGACGUAGUUACUAUAAAGGUUAGGCCACAAAUAUUUGCAGCACAAACAAGUGGGACAAGUUUGGGGAGAUUUGGACAUACUUGUUAUGAUUAUUAACACAUUAUUUACUUAUUAAUGACAUUAAAAAAAACAUGAAACUUUAAUCACUUUAAAACUAAUAAUUAUGAAAAACGAUAAUAGACCAAAAAAAAUGUGCAAUUAAAAACUAUAAUAGUUAGACAGAACAAGUUUGGGGAGAUGUGAACAAGGUGGGUGUUAGUUAUGAAUAAUUACACGUUAAUAACAUAUAAAGUUAAUAAUUUAGGAACUAUAAUAUAUUGACAAAACAAGUUUGGGGAGAUGUGAACAAGGUGGGGGGCUAGUUAUGAAUAAUUACACAUUAAUUACACGUUAAUAACAUAUAAAGUUAAUAACUUAAGAACUAUAAUAGAUAGACAAAACAAGUUUGGGGAGAUGUGAACAAGGUGGGUGUUAGUUAUGAAUAAUUACACGUUAAUAACAUAUAAAGUUAAUAAUUUAGGAACUAUAAUAGAUUGACAAAACAAGUUUGGGGAGAUGUGAACAAGGUGGGUGUUAGUUAUGAAUAAUUACACGUUAAUAACAUAUAAAGUUAAUAAUUUAGGAACUAUAAUAGAUUGACAAAACAAGUUUGGGGAGAUGUGAACAAGGUGGGUGUUAGUUAUGAAUAAUUUCACAUUAAUAACAUAUAAAGUUAAUAAUUUAGGAACUAUAAUAGAUUGACAAAACAAGUUUGGGGAGAUGUGAACAAGGUGGGUGUUAGUUAUGAAUAAUUACACAUUAAUAACAUAUAAAGUUAAUAACUUAAGAACUAUAAUAGAUAGACAAAACAUGUUUGUAGCACAAACACAUGGAACAAGUUUGGGGAGAUUUGAACAAGGUGGGUGUUAGUUAUGAAUAAUUACACAUUAAUAACAUAUAAAGUUAAUAAUUUAGGAACUAUAAUAGAUAGACAAAACAAGUUUGGGGAGAUGUGAACAAGGUGGGUGUUAGUUAUGAAUAAUUACACGUUAAUAACAUAUAAAGUUAAUAAUUUAGGAACUAUAAUAGAUUGACAAAACAAGUUUGGGGAGAUGUGAACAAGGUGGGUGUUAGUUAUGAAUAAUUACACGUUAAUAACAUAUAAAGUUAAUAAUUUAGGAACUAUAAUAGUUAGACAAAACAUGUUUGUAUCACAAACACAUGGAACAAGUUUGGGGAGAUGUGAACAAGGUGGACAAGUAUUUCUCCAAAGUGACCACAAAUGUCUCCCGGGCCGCACUUUGGACACAUCAAAGUUGAAUUGAAUAUGAGUAGUUAUACAUUCUUAUACACUUACAUAAAUAGCCAGCUGUAACACUUCAAGUGUUGUAAUGUCAACGUUUCUUUCCCCCCGCCGCUUCACACUAUCAAGUCUUGGUGGUUCCGAGCGUAAACUUUGCGGCUCAUCUUUUGUGGGGGAAAAACAAAAGUCUUAUUUGGAGCGUCAUUAGCCGAGACCUCCUCCCGGGGCCGUGAAUGAAAUUGACAUUUAAUACAAUUAGCUGAGCAGAAAACAGCUGCCAAUCACUCUUAAAGGGGAAGGACUCCAAUUAAGAAGUCCUGCUAAUCCUCCUGUUGCACCUCCUCCUCCUCCUCCUCGCCAUCGCCUCUUUUCCUCCCCGCACUCCCAAACUUCACUUCAUUCAAGAGCGUGUGUCCGGACUUUAGUUUUUUUUGCUGAUUAUAUACUUUUUUUUCUACAUUUUCCCAAGAAGGGCAUGUAUUGGAAGCAGAGGCGGCCGAGUGAGGGUGAGGGUGAGGGUGAGAGAGUACUGUGGACGCGGUGAGGAGCAUCAGGAACUUCUUCUGCUGAUCUACACCUUCACUUCUAGCAGCAGGUGAGGAUGCAUCUAUCCCUGGACACCAUGAGCAUGGUGGACGACCUCUCACCCAGCCACUUCCACGACCUGGCCAAGGGUGGAGGCACGGUGACGGUGGGGGGCCACGUCCACAGCAUCGACGUCAUCCUGGGCUUCAGCAAGGACCAGGACUCCCUGCUGGGCCCCGGGCCUCACAAGGUCAGCAUGGAGGCCUUGGCGGAGGCCGGCAAGCAACACCCGUCCUACAGCGGCCAUCUUGGCGCCCUGGCAGAUGACGACUCCGAGCAGCAGCAGCAAUAUCAGGACGCUGAGCUGUACAGCCACAAGUGCGAGGAGGAGCUGAGGAAGAGCGCGGACAGCGAGGAAGGCAAGUCCCCGGAGUCGUGCCAGGACGAGCAGCCCAAGAAGAAGCACCGACGCAACCGCACCACCUUCACCACCUACCAGCUGCACGAGUUGGAGCGCGCCUUCGAGAAGUCCCACUACCCUGACGUGUACAGCCGCGAGGAGCUGGCCAUGAAGGUCAACCUCCCCGAGGUCCGAGUCCAGGUGUGGUUUCAGAACCGCAGAGCUAAAUGGCGGCGCCAGGAGAAAAUGGACGCCGGCGCCAUGAAGCUCCACGACUCGCCGAUGCUCUCCUUCAACCGCCCGGCGCCGGUCCACAGUGCCAUGGGACCCAUGAGCAACUCCCUGCCCCUGGACCCCUGGCUGACCUCGCCCCUGUCGAGCGCCACGCCGGUCCACGGCCUGCCGGGCUUCAUGGGCCCCGCCCAGGGCCUCCAGCCCAACUACCCCGCCCACGGCUUCCUCAACUCGGGCCCUCACGCGCCCAUGGGCCAGGGGAUGGCCGGCAUGGCGCCGCCGCCUUACCAGUGUCCGGCGCCGUACCCCGACAAGUUCCCGGGGGAGGACUUGGACCAGCGCAGUUCUAGUAUCGCCGCACUGAGGAUGAAAGCCAAGGAACACAUCCAGUCCAUGGAUAAAACCUGGCUACCCAUGUGACUAACAGGAAGUGACACUGGCUACCCAUGUGACUAACAGGAAGUGACACUGGCUACCCAUGUGACUAACAGGAAGUGACACUGGCUACCCAUGUGACUAACAGGAAGUGACACUGGCUACCCGUGUGACUAACAGGAAGUGACACUGGCUACCCAUGUGACUAACAGGAAGUGACACUGGCUACCCAUGUGACUAACAGGAAGUGACACUGGCUACCCAUGUGACUAACAGGAAGUGACACUGGCUACCCAUGUGACUAACAGGAAGUGACACUGGAGCUGAGCAUUUAGGGACUUUUCACAUUUUUAAUAUUUGUAAUUUUUGUUUUUUACAUCUCAAGUCAUGAAGCGCGUGAGUGACGACUUUUUCUACUUUCUGCUGUUCCUAUUCAUCUGUCCCGCGUCAUUCCUUCGUUGCAGCGUUUAAAAAAACAAAACAAUCAAACUGCCAAUUUUUCAUGAACUAAUAAUCAACAUGCAAAACUAUGGAGGAGGAUUAAGGCGACACUGAGAUCAAUAACAUUCAUUAUUUGAUAUUUUUCCACAAACAACAAAAUGUGUAAGAUCACAUGUUGUUUACCUCCUAAUUUUAGGAGGAAUUUCUUGGGAAAUUUCGACUUAAUUCGGUUUUUAUCUUCUCAAAAUGUUCUCCAAAUUACAACUUCAUUUUUGCAAGAGUACGUUUUGUUUAAAAAUAAAAAUUCUGGUGAAAUUCCAACAUUUUUAUUGCAACUUUUCUUCUCUAAAAAAACAUGACUUUAUUUACGAAUCCUCUUUU